AUGGCCGGCUACGCGCUGUGUCCCGCAAGCUUGGCCGUAGCUUCUGGACCUACUGCUCUUCUCGCUCUCACCUUUGGCACAGCGACCUGCAGCGCGGCAGCCAACAGUCUCAACCAGCUCAUCGAGGCUCCAUACGAUGCGCAGAUGCCACGAACGCGCAACAGACCUCUUCCAGCGCGCAUGUUGACUCCACUACAUGCGGCCUGCUUUGCCAGUGUUGCCUCGAUCUCGGGCAUCACAACCCUUGCCCUUGCCGUCAAUCCUCUCACUGCUGCUCUAGGGGCGGCCAACAUCGUACUUUACUCCUUCGUCUACACCCCUUUGAAGCGUAUCCACAUCGCUAACACCUGGAUCGGAUCGCUCGUUGGCGCCCUGCCUCCCUUAAUGGGCUGGGCCGCAGCUACCGGGUCACUCUCCUCCUUUGGUGACUCGCCAGGCUGGCUGCUGGCUGCCUUGCUCUUCGCCUGGCAAUUUCCGCACUUCAAUGCUCUUUCUCACAACCUUCGAUCAGAGUACGCGCGAGGAGGAUACCGGAUGAUGUCAGCAUCGCACCCUCUGCUCAAUCGACGCACAAGUCUGCGAUACGCGAUAGCGUGCACACCUUUAUGCAUCGCCCUUGCAUACACAGGCGCACUCUCACCCAUCUACGCUCUGUUGAGCUUACCGCCGAAUCUAGUCCUUGCUCACGCUGCUUGGAGAUUCUGGAAGUUCGAAAACGACAAGGAUGCAAGAUGGUGCUUCUGGGUCAGCCUGGUGCAUCUGCCCGCGGUCAUCAUCCUGGCGAUGGUUUGCAAGACGGGGCUUUGGGAUGGUUUCCUCGAAAAGCUUGGCGUGAAUAGCAAUCAUUGCUGUACGAGCGCGUGGAAGCUAUGA